UAAAAUAUUGAACUUGUUUCAAUAGCAAAGUUAAAGAAUUUUUUUCCAUUUUAAUUAAAUGGCCUUGUAAAUUUUCCCAUCAUAACUAAAAUGGCAAUUCGCUGUGCCAAAACAAUGCAAACUGCAAUAUAGUAGUCAUCAAUUCAAAGUCAAUGUGUACAAAACCUAGAACACCUGUAGUCUUGGAUCAUCGUCAUGCUGGCCUGUUUGUUGGUUCAUUUAGAAUUGAACUACAAACUAUUAUUUUAUUUUCACUUCUUGUAGUUGUUAUUAAUUUUCAUUCUAACUCGUUGGAUUUUUGGCAUGUGAAAUUUUUGUAAACUGUGUAGUUUUUAGUAUGCAACAUAACCAUUUCUGCUAUAAGUUUGUUAUCAUUUAUAUUAAAAUGGUUGUUAUUGCUGUUAAAUUGAAAUAGUCUUAGAUUCAGAGAAGAUGAAAGAGGUAACAGUGAAGGGUCCUUGGGCCAAGCUCUUAUCACAGGAUUCUCAGAAUCCGGAUGUGGACCUGUGUGACCAAAGUUUCAUGAUUGGACGAAGCAAAAGUUGCAAUUUGUGCAUAGAUGAUUCCUCAAUUAGUGGAGUUUUGUGCAUGUUGAAGAAUAAGGUGCAGCAGAAUGGUGCUGAAAUGCUUGUUUUAGGGAGUUGUGGAUUUGUCGUGCUCAAUGGAAAGUGUCUUAAAAACAAGGAUGUCGUCAGCAUUGGAGGAGGAGAUGAACUUGUUUUUAGCUCUCCUCUCAGUCAGCAUACUUAUAUUUUUCAGCUCCUCGGAAAUGAAGAUAUCUCAGCCCCUGUAUUGCCUACUCCAGUAGGAAAGACGGUAGAUCAGGUGGUAACAGGUGAUGCAGAAGAAAACAGUGCAGGUGGGGCAGCAGGAAUAUCUGAAGCUUUAGCAGCUAUGUUUGGCCCCUUGCAAGGACCUCUUGCGGGUUCUUUGUCACACUUACCCUUUCCCUUUGGACAAGUGUUCCCCAAUCACAAAAUUCGUCAUCCUUCUUGCAAUGACAGUGAAGAAUGUGACCAAGGAAGCAAUGCAUACGAGUCACAGACUGCUUAUAAUAUAUCAGAUGAGUCUGCCUCAGAUACUGAAGUGAUUGAACUUGAGACUGGGGUUUCGCCCAUGCUUAGUGUGUUGAAACGUUCAAGAAAACGUCAUGAGAACGGUUACAUUCACAAUGAAAUCGAUGGUAAAUCACCUAUACAAGUUUGUGAAGAGAGAAAGCAAUCUGUAAGAAGUAUUGACCCAUCUGAAGCACAUGCUAAAUGCCAAACUUUGAAGGAACAAUUAAGAAAAGGAAUAGUUGAUGGAAGAGAGACUUGUGUAUCAUUUGACGAUUUUCCUUAUUACCUGAGUAAGAAGACAAAAAGUCUUCUGAUUGCAUCAACGUUCACACAUUUGAAACGGAAUGAAUUUGUACAAUUUACAAAGAAGCUUCCUAACGUGAGUCCCAAAAUAUUGAUGUCUGGUCCGCAAGGGUCUGAGAUAUAUCAAGAAACGUUAGUGAAGGCAUUGGCAAAUCACUUUGAUGCAAAAUUGCUUCACUUUGAUAGCAGUUCAAUACUCACGGCCUCAUCAAUGAAGGAUGGAGAACAAAGAGGGAACAUAUGUCCUGGUUUACGGUCAAAAUUGGGUAGCUUUCAAGUCAAAGCAUGGCCUCUCCAAGGCACUGCAUCAAACUUGCACACAUCAAACUUGCACACAUCAAACGAAUAUUCCAUCAAGAGAGGUGAUCGAGUGAAAUUCAUUAUUAAAUCCCAAAAGUCAGAUAAUCUGCCAUCCGAAGUUCCUUUGAGGGGUCCAUCUCAUGGUGAUCGAGGGGAAGUACUUUUGUCUUUGGACGAGAGUGGUUCAUCUAAACUUGGAGUACAUUUUGAUAAGCCAAUUCAAGGGGGUGUUGACCUUGGGGGUCUCUGCGAACAAGAUCAUGGGUUUUUUUGUAGCGCAAGCGACCUUCUCUUAGAUCACACUAUUGAAGAAAACAUGGACAAGCUACUCCUAAAUGCACUUUUCGAGGUUGUGACUAGUGAGAGUAAGAAUAGUCCUCUUAUACUUUUCAUGAAAGAUGUUGAGACAUCAUUCGUAGACAAUCCAUGCAUCUACAUUGCCUUACAAAGAAAACUUAAAAAAUUGCCCGAAAGUAUUAUCGUUAUUGGAUCAUACAUAAAGGUUGACAAAACAAAGGAAAAGGCAGCUCUCGGGGAUCUACUACCCUUCAUUCAAAUUAAUGAAUUCGAAGAUCACGGUUUUGAAUUACCAUAUGGGAGAAAACUUAAAGAGGACGCAGAGAAGCAGCUUUCUGAUCUUUUUCCAAACAAAGUGAUGGUAGAGAUGCCUCAGGAUGAAGCUCUUCUUGUUAAUUGGAAACUUCAGUUAGAAUGGGAUGUUGAAAUGCUUAAAGUGAAGACGAAUCUACAACAUAUUAAAAUGGUGCUUUCUCUUAAUAACCUGGAUUGUGAUGGGAUAGACACAAUUUGCAUAAAGGACCAAAAACUUACAAAUAAAUGUGCAGAGAAUAUUGUUGGAUGGGCUUUGAGCCACCAUCUUAUGAAUGAAUUUGAGCCCAUUACUAAGGAUGGAAAACUAAUUAUCUCUAGUGAAAGUGUUCGACAUGGGUUGAGUAUACUGCAAGAAAAUAAAAAGAAUGAGAGCUCAAAGAAGACACAUAAGAAUGUUGCUACAGAGAACCGCCAUGAAAAGAAGCUUCUUGACAAUGUAAUUCCACCAAGUGCAAUUGGAGUGACCUUUGAGGAUGUUGGAGCUUUGGAAAAUGUGAAGGAUACACUUAAAGAGUUAGUCAUGCUUCCAUUACAAAGGCCUGAGCUUUUUUGUAAAGGACAACUAACAAAGCCCUGUAAAGGUGUCCUGCUCUUUGGUCCUCCAGGAACCGGAAAAACAAUGCUUGCUAAAGCUGUUGCAACAGAAGCUAGCGCAAAUUUUCUAAAUAUUUCGAUGUCAAGCAUUACAUCAAUGAUGUAUGGGGAAAAUGAGAAGUCAAUUAGAGCUAUUUUCUCCUUAGCAAGUAAAAUUUCCCCAUGUGUGAUCUUUAUUGACGAGGUUGAUAGUCUGUUGGGAAGAAGGGACAGUUCUGGAGAGCAUGAGGCUUCGCGUAGUAUGAAGAAUGAGUUUAUGGCAAACUGGGAUGGAUUGCUCACUAAAGAAAAAGAAAGAGUAUUAGUUCUUGCCGCCACUAAUAGGCCUUUUGAUCUUGAUGACGCUGUCAUUCGAAGAAUGCCAAGGAGGUUAUUUGUAAACUUGCCAGAUGUAUCAAACAGAGCUAAAAUAUUGAAGGUUAUGCUUGCCAAAGAAGAAUUGACCCCAGAUUUUGAUUUCGAUGCAAUUGCCAAUAUGACUGAGGGAUAUUCUGGAUCUGACCUUAAGAACUUAUGUAUUACAGCUGCAUUCUGCCCAAUCCGGGAAGUUUUGGAAAUAGAAAAGAAGGAAAAAUCACUAGCAAUAGCAGAGGGGAAGGAGCUGCCAUCUUUGAGUGGAAGUGCUGAUGUUCGUCCUUUAAAUAUGGAUGACAUGCGAUAUGCCCAUAAACAGGUAUGUGCUAGUGUUUCUUCAGACUCAACAAGUAUGACUGAGCUACGUCGAUGGAACGAGCUUUACGGUGAAGGGGGCUCAAGACAAAAGAAUGAACUGAAUUAUUUUAUGUAGAAUAUGUAUAACCUGCAAUCUAUUGUACUUGUAGACCCCUAUAUCUUGGGGGAGGAUAUGAAGCACAUUUAUUUUGUUGUGGCAUUAUGACUUAUAACAAUUCUGAGAUUUUAAUCUCAGAUCACACAAUAUUUUCUAUGCCUGUUACAUCAUUGGCAGAGCCUCUCAUUGUAAAAUGUA